UAUACGUGGUUGACCAACCUACUCUGUUUAUACCGCCAAGUUCUAUUCCAGACCUAGAGACUCUCCGUGCAGCCACAAAUAUCCAUAUGGCCUCGGCCCCUCUCGUCCGUCGUGUAGCUAGGGUUAACGCUAACUCCAAAAUGAGGUUGCAAUUAAUUAGCCGGCAAUACUACACCACCCAUGGCUGUGAUCGUGUGGGGAAAGGGGGGCGAUCAGCCCCAAGAGGUCUGCUGAACGCUGGGGUAACAGAAGAUCGCUUAACAUAUAUGGCUACGUGUGCUAGAACAGGUAUGAGUGCCCAUGACGGCAAAUCCAGACCACGAGUUAAUAUGCGGAUUCCUUGCUCUAAGUGUCUGGGGUUGUCAUCAUGCAUAGAGGAUGCCAUGGGUGCUUACUUCUUAAGUUGAGAUAUCUGACCAACGUCUGGCCGGGCGGGCAGAUUCUCAAACAUAAUACCUUCCUUACUCACACGACUUGCAAUUUCUUCGCCCAUCGUCAAAAUGUCGACAGACCAAGAAAAUGCCCUAGGGGUCAAGGACCACUGGAAAGCAAUAAUUGCGAUGACCCUAGUGUCUCUAAGUUCCUUCCAAUAUGGACUCGAUUUCGGCAUUAUUGGCGGUCUUCAAGCCAUGGUACCAUUUUUAAAGGUGUUUGGGCAGGAAGACCAGUCAAUUCCACUCGGAUGGAAUAUUCCAUCCGAUAGACAACAGCUUAUUGCGUCUUUGAUGGUCCUCGGCGCCUUUGUGUCUUCUUCGUCUGCUGGGUUUACUGCAAAGUAUAUCGGCCGAAAGUUAUCUCUAUGGAUAGCAUGCAUUGGUGUUUUUGCAUCUACUGCUCUCAUGCAAGCUACUACAAACAUAGGGGGUCUAUACGCGGGAAGGCUGAUACUUGGCCUUGCUAAUGGGCUGCUGAUGACACAUUCACAACUUUAUGUACAGGAAAGUGUUCCCAGUCGUUACAGAGGAUUGGGCAUAUCGUUCCUCACAUAUUGGGUUUCAUUCGGAUCCCUUAUUGGGACUAUCGUAGAUAACUUUACAGCCAAGAUCGCAACCAAGAACGCCUACAUCAUCCCUUUAGGUAUUGUCCACAUUAUUCCUGGGAUCUUGUUUAUCGGACUUUUCUUCAUCCCCGAAUCGCCCCGUUGGUUGGCCGCGAAAGGGCUAUUUGAUGAAGCCGAACGGUCCUUACAUCGGUUACGGCCCGAAGGAUGGUCUGUUUCGCAAGAAAUGACAGAUAUGAAGACGACUCUGGAGGCAGAGGCCAGACUACAGUCGGGCAUUGGAUACGUAGACCUCGUCAGGAACCCCAUCGACCGCCGCAGGACAAUCGUCGCCAUACUUGCUCUCACAAGUCAAGCAGCAUCAGGUGCAAUGUUUGUCAUAUCCUACGGAACUUACUUUUUCGAGAUGGCGAACGUAGGGAACGCCUUCGAGAACUCAUGCAUCCUCACCGGAGUUGGGGUGGCCGCCCUAGGAGCUACUGCCAUCUUGAUUACCAAGUUCGGACGUCGACGACUAAUGAUGAUUUCAGGUUUUAUUUUCUGCGGGAUUUCUCAGCUUGUCAUAGCUAUAGUGUACACGGUCCAUCCCAACACAGAAAGCUCCGGAAAAGCUCUCGUUGGCAUGAGUGUUCUCUACAUAGUCGCUUACAACUCUAUGGUCGCACCUUAUGCAUGGUUAUCUGGAGGCGAGCUCUCUUCGCAGCGUCUACGCUCGCACACGUUUGGUCUAGCUACAGGUGUUGGGUUCUUCUUUGCUUGGCUUACUACUUUCACAGCGCCGUAUUUCAUUAAUCCCGAUUCCCUAAACUGGGGACCGAAAUAUGGCUAUAUCUGGACUGGUUCAUGUGCCGUUGCCGGAAUCUGGAUCUUCUUCUUCCUGCCCGAAGCAAAGGAUCGUACAUUGGAAGAGAUAGACGAAAUGUUCGAAGCUCAGGUUCCGGCACGAAAGUUUCGCAAAUAUCGUUGCACGGGAAAGCAUGCAGCCCUUGGCGAGAAGACCCAAACGGAAUACAUCGAGGAGGGGGUUAGUAAUAAUAAAUAAGAUCCUUGGGUAGGUAACUUUUAUACCGUGGCUACAUGCGGAAUUGGUCAGUUAUUCAACGGUUUAAAUCAACCGACGGCGACUUCGAUAUACAUACACCAAUUACAUACAUCACAUAACCACGUAUAAAGAAAGGACCUAGGCUUCAAU